ACGGUAAACAGUAAUUUUAUAUGCGAUUUAGUCCGAUGUGUUAUCAUUUCAACUUCGAUCGAAAGGACCGAAUGCAUGCAUGGUCAAAGCUGUCGAGAUGAAAUUCGUUUUGCUUUUUGCUCUCUUGGCUUAUACUAAGUUUUCCUUGGGUAAUACAACCGGUGCUGGUCAGUCACAGUGUGCAACACCGUGUAAUCCCGUCAACAUCAAUGUGUACGGUAAAGAAGGCAUGAAGUGCGAGGAGGGAGAGAAGGGAGAGAAGGGCGAGAAGGGCGAGAAGGGCGAGAAAGGAGAAUUAGGAACAAAUCAGUGUAAAUGCCAUUUACAGGAUCCAAAAAAACCUUCUGCCCACAUUGAAGCUGUCAAUAAGAGAGCCAUUGUGACUUACCAAGCCAACACAGUGAUAAAGGACUGGUCUGUCAGUGCCCCUCACAGCCACCUGGCAGGCGGCAUGAAGUACCAUGACGGAAAGUUGACUGUGCCCACCCCUGGACGGUACUACGUAUACACACAACUUUACUAUCACUCCGUCGGGAGAGUCCAUGUUCGUGUGAACAACAAAGGCGUUACCAUGAUACAACCACUGAAUUCAGUAACCGGCGGAGGUGCUCUGUACGCUGGAGGGGUGUUUAACCUUAAGGCUGGUGACGCCAUCUUGUUGGCUGUGAGUGCUUCCAUCAAACUAUUCAUGGGUACUGAUCACAGCUAUUUUGGGGCGUUUUUGAUAUGAGUUUCAUUCAUAGAGAGAUCGGUGUAGUGCCAAACUAAGCUACGCCAUUCAUCGAUAAGUUUUUGUUAGUUCGAGUUACCUUGAUUACUUUGCUCUCAAAAUAGUCUCAGUUGUUAUAGAUGGCUGUAAUUUUUCAUCAAAAUAAACACAUCAAUAAAUGAA